AUGGCGUCUGAACAAAGAACCCUGCCCAUUCGAAUCACUCUAGUGGAGCUACGCCCAUGCUUGAAGACAAUUGGAGGCACUAUCAACUUGACACCUCUCGCUAUGCGUUAUCUCGACUACCUUAGGGCUGGCACGCGACUUCGUCGGCGCUCGAUCAUCCUGGACGCCGGUCUUGACUAUAUAUCGUUCCGAACGGGACGGCGCAUUGGCAACAUAUGGGGCGGGAUCGGUGGAGUUCGAGUUGCUCGGCAUGAUCUGGUGGACGUUCUGCUGGAAACACUCGUUCAAGAACACUCAGAGGUUGUUGAGAUCCACUGGAACAAACGUGUUGCUCAGAUACGCGAGAAAUCUGAGAAAGUUGUGCUAAAGUUCGAGGACGGCUCGAGGCACAGCGCAGACGUGCUGCUCGGUUGUGACGGGCUACAUUCUGCUGCAAGACGCCUUUGGGUUGAACCAGACCGCAAGAAAAGCUAUACGGGCAGAGCUAUCGCGAUGGGCUGGGGUAAGGCAAAGGAUGUCAGCAUGAGAUUUUCGUCUGGUGAUCCUGCGUUGAGAGAUACUGCAAUAUUUUCAAGUCCAAAUGGCAUCUUGCUCGCAUCUUACUACGAGCCCACGCGAACCAUGGUAUAUUUUGCGCACAUCAUGUACAUGGAAGAGCCAAAGCUCGACGAACGAGAUGGCUGGAAGGCUGCCGGGGAUGACCAGCUGAGAUUGAAGGCGGACAUGAGUAGCUGUUUCAAGGCGGGCCGCGUCAAAGGCGUUCUGGGCGCCGUAGAAGACUGCGAGAAGUGGGAUCUUUACCCUGUGUAUGUUCUGCCAGCUGAAGGCCGCUGGUACGAAGGACGAGUUCUCCUUUUGGGAGAUGCAGCCCACGCGAUGCCUCCACAGGGCGAGAGUACAGGUCUUGCCAUAGAAGACGCCAUUUUGCUGGCACACAUACUCCGGAAACGUGGCAGUCAAACGGUAGAGCAAAUGUUCUCCCAAUUUCAGGCUUUGCGGAAGCCAGAAAUCGACAAGUACUACAAGGACGCGAUGUGGGCUAUGCAGUACGGAUUUCAAAAGAGAUCAUGGCUGAGUUCAAUCAUUAUGGACUGGGCAAUAUGGGUCUACUUGCUGUUAAAACGUUGGCGCCAACAGAAUCAUUUCGAUCGAGAUGUAAGAAAGCUCCCUUUGCCGGGAUGA